GCGUGGCCGUCACUGCACCAAGCUUCCGAACCUUUUUCCAUUUCUCAGCGUCUCUCGACUGGUCCACCUCAGUCAGUCCACGCGGUAUCUUAAAUAUCAGUCCAAGAAGAGAUUGCAGCCUUGAGCAAGGCAAACCACUCCCGCAAGUUUAGAGUUAGCAGUACCGACCCGCGCUACAAUGGCUGCCAAGACAGAUGUUGCGAGCUAUGAGUUCAACCACACGAUGUACAGGGUGAAAGAUCCCAAAGCUUCCCUUGAUUUUUACACUGAGACUCUCGGCAUGAAGCUUAUCACCAAGCUGGAUUUCUCAGAAGCAAAGUUCACUUUGUAUUUUCUCGGAUACAAUGUUCCGCAGUCUAUCCUGGACUCCAGCGAGGAGGAAAGGAAGAAGUACGCUUUCAGCAGACCUGGAGUUCUCGAGUUGACACACAACUGGGGAACCGAGUCGGACGAUACAUUCAAGGGCUACCACACUGGUAACUCGGAGCCCCGAGGAUACGGACACAUUGGCGUAUUGGUGGAUGAUCUGGAAGCCGCUUGCGAGCGGUUCGAGCAACACGGCGUUAAAUUCAUCAAGAAGCCUUCAGAUGGCCGACAGAAGAACAUCGCCUUUGUCACGGAUCCCGAUGGCUAUUGGAUUGAACUACUUCCUCGCGGGUACUGAAAAUCGUGUCUCAACCACGGUUCAGCAUAAGAUAGCUGUCGAAACCAGCGUAGGGUAGCGAAGCUGUGAUCCGCCGGGAGGGGAUGGUCGUGGCAUGCGUACAUGGUGUCCUCUUCUUAAAAAUAGUGCUGCAGUCUAGCUUGCGUUUUCCGAGUUCAACGAAUCAAGGCCAUAAGCAUAGUCCAUCUUCCUGCUGAACUGCUUCUCCGUUGCAAUUUGUAGAUUUGGUGCAUGUCUCAUGGCAUAUGUUGUUGUCUGCUAUACUCAUCAGAUGUCGAUCUGGAUUCUGGA